CUGCGGGAGCCGCGGGCGAGCUCGCACUCGGCCGCGCCGCGGAGCAGGCAUGGGAGCCGCGCGCCGUCUCCGGGCGCCCACACCUGUCUGAGCGACGCCCCGGCCGCAGCCCCGACCGGCUGCUCCACGCGGUAGCACGCAGCAUGGCCCGGAUCCCAGGGCUCUUCGUCCUGCUCCUGCUCCUGCUCUGUGUGUUCAGGCAGGUGAGUCCCUACGGUGUUCCAUGGAAACCCACGUGGCCGGCUUAUCGCCUCCCUGUAGUGUUGCCUCAGUCUACCCUCAACUUAGCAAAGCCAGACUUCGAUGCCAAAGCCAAACUGGAGGUGUCCUCCUCAUGUGGACCCCAGUGUCACAAGGGAACUCCACUCCCCACCUAUGAAGAGGCCAAGCAGUACCUUUCCUACGAGACCCUUUACGCCAAUGGCAGCCGCACAGAGACUCGGGUGGGCAUCUACGUCCUCAGCACCGGGGCCGACCGAGCGCAGCGCAGAGACUCGGAGGCCACCGGACGACCUCGCAGGAAGAGGCAGAUUUAUGGCUACGACGGCAGGUUUAGCAUUUUCGGGAAGGACUUCCUCCUCAACUACCCUUUCUCAACAUCGGUGAAGUUGUCUACCGGCUGCACCGGCACCCUGGUGGCAGAGAAGCACGUCCUCACUGCUGCCCACUGCAUACACGAUGGAAAAACCUAUGUGAAAGGGACGCAGAAACUCCGAGUGGGCUUCUUGAAGCCCAAGUAUAAAGAUGGCGGUGGAGGGGACAAUAGCUCAAGCUCGGCCAUGCCAGAUAAGAUGAAGUUUCAGUGGAUCCGGGUGAAACGCACCCAUGUACCCAAGGGGUGGAUCAAGGGCAAUGCCAAUGACAUCGGCAUGGAUUACGACUAUGCCCUCCUGGAACUCAAGAAACCCCACAAAAGGAAGUUCAUGAAGAUUGGGGUCAGCCCUCCGGCUAAGCAGCUCCCAGGGGGCAGGAUCCACUUCUCGGGUUAUGACAAUGACCGGCCAGGCAAUUUAGUGUACCGCUUCUGUGAUGUCAAAGACGAGACCUAUGACCUUCUCUAUCAGCAGUGUGAUGCCCAGCCCGGAGCCAGUGGUUCAGGGGUCUACGUGAGGAUGUGGAAGAGACCACAGCAGAAAUGGGAAAGAAAAAUUAUUGGCAUCUUCUCGGGGCAUCAGUGGGUGGAUAUGAAUGGCUCUCCACAGGACUUCAAUGUGGCAGUUAGAAUCACUCCACUUAAGUACGCUCAGAUUUGCUAUUGGAUUAAAGGAAACUACCUGGAUUGCAGGGAGGGGUGAUGUGUGUCUUCCUGCCAGCGCGUGAUGGUCUUUCUGUCCUCAUUGUAGGAGAGGCCAGCUUUUUAUCAUUGACUCUUUCGGGUGCGCGUCACAUAAUAUCCUUUAUCCAAUAGUAUUCAAAUGGCAAAAUUAAUGGCUUUAUUAUUUGAAAACUGUUGUGUGCGUUGUAGCAUUUAAGCAGUCUGAAAGCAUACUUUUGCAUAGAGAUUUUAAAAAUAUUGAUGUUUGGGGAAAUGAAUAUUUGGCAAUUAAGUUAAACUUAACGUUUUUUGAGAACUCUCGUUUUUGUCUUAUACAAACUUGCUUCAAAGGUUUAUAUCAAAUAUGUGACAUGUGGGGAAUAUGAAUUCAUAUAUUUGUAUAUGUAUGUUUUCUUCCGAGGGUCAUAGAUUGAUAUUUUUGUAAUGUGUGCUUAUAAUGCUUCUGAAUACUGAUAUCAAAGCACUUAAGUAGCCAGUUAUAAUGUCUUGGAUUCAAACAUUUACAUAGCAGUCCUUGAAGAGAAAGAAUAAUUUAUUGGCUAUAUUGAUACACAUAUCAAACUGUAUCUUACAGUACACAGAAUUCCCAUGCUGCGUUUAGUUUUGAAAAUAAAACUUUCUCUUCCAAAAAA